GUGCUUUGUGAAUGACGUUACUAGGUACGCGACAACGACUUAUGAAGUCGUUGGUACGCGAUGUGUCAUUAUUUGUAAAAACAACUGUCAUUGCCAGUUUUAUAAUUGUCAGAUGGAAAAGCAAACAUCAAACAUUUUGGUACUGUAUUGUUAUUGUGUUAUGUGCGCUUCACUUCCUAUAUUUAGUGUUUAUCUUGGCGAUAAAAAAUUCGCUUAGUUAUUUGACUGCAGUUGCCAAAACCUAUUUUCUAACUCGCCAAAUCUGAUGCUUUGUCAGUUGGGCUGAUUCGGUAGGUUUCACGCCGAUUUCCAGCGAUGGAAGAAUCGUUAGGCGCUCAAUAUGCAAUGCAAAUCGCGGUGCACACUUUGCGAGACAGAUGCAAGAGCCUGCAGCAGCGGAUAGCGCAGUUGGAGGAUGAAAAUGUGGAACUACGGGUCAGGUGCGAUAGACAAGAAGUCAACGAGUCUUCCCUCUCGGAAUUGGAUACACUUAAAGAGCAGAUCACACAUUUGACUGAGCAUAGAGACCAGCUGCAAGAAAAAAUCAGAAUGGUCACCUCUGAAAAUCAGGACCUCUGGAGCAAGCUUGGAAAACUGAUCAAUGUAAACAAGAAUCUGGGAGAACAGUUGAAGAAAAUAAAUGACACAGUCACACAGCAUACCACUCCCCAACAUACCGCCCUGAUAAGAUCCAAAACCUUUACGCAAGAUCAUCCACAAACAAAAGUGUUACAGAAAAAUCUGGAAAUGAAUGAGAAAAUAAGUCUAGAGUUGGAAAAUGUUUCAUUGAAGUUGAUGGAUAGCUUUUCGAAACAGAAGAUGGAACUAGAAGAGAUUUGUUCUGAAAUUGAUAAGAUGAGAGAGAGCGGGGAGGAUGUGAUUAGUGAAAAUUGUGGAUUUUACUUUGACGAAGAAAUCGAAGAUGAUAUGGUUGAAGAAUUUAAGUAUUUGGUAGACGACCUGGCCGCAUUGAAAGAACAAGCUCUUGAACAACGAAAGGUAUUAGAAGAAAAUUUGAGGCAUAUAGAAUCGAUUAAAGAUUCAAAUGCUUGCCAAGCGUGUGAUAACAGGCAGAACAGCUUGCUAGACAAAAGCACGUCAACUGCCGACAUUCCUAAAAACAUCGUCGACAAAGCAACAGAAACACAAAAUUUUACUGUUGACGAAUCCGCUAAAACAACAAAAUCGUCGCCAGCCGAUUUUGACCAAGUAUGCCCAAUUUGCGCGAAGUUGUUUGGUAAGAAUGUAGAGUUCUCGAUAUUCCAGCAACAUGUGGAAGAUCACUUCACUCCUGACGUGACAUCCUAUGAAAUUUUAUGAAAGUAUUAUCUUUAUACUUUAGGUGAAAUAUUUUGUUAAGAGGCGUAGCACCUCUAGUGAUGUAUAUAUUAUUAUUUAUUGACAAUACAUUAUAUUUUUUUCUAUGAA